AUGAGGCAAGCAGGGAUUUAUUCAGGUAUAAGGUUUGGAGGGGGGAGUGGGGCCCACUCGUUGCCGUUGGCGAGGAUCAAGAAGAUCAUGAAGCGAUCAUCAUCAUCUGGGGAGGAAGUGAAGAUGAUAUCUGGGGAUGCCCCCGUAGUGUUGGCCAAGGCCUGUGAGCUCUUCAUUAAUGAACUCACCCGAAAAUCUUGGACAAUGACCUUGCAAGGCAAGAGGAGGAUUGUCCACAAAAACGACGUCGCUUCGGCUGUCGUCUCCACUGAUUUGUUUGAUUUCUUGGAGGGUUUGGUCUCUGAUUGUUGUGAUCACUGCGUCCCUGCAGGGGAUGAUGAUCAUCAGAUUAUUAUUAAUAAUGCUCCGGUGGAAGGGGAAACUGUUUUGGAAUCUUAG